UUUGCAAUAUGCUAUUUUAGUGGAAUUUGCAAAAAAUGUAUUAUACCAAAGUGUUAAAAUUAAUCCUAGUAUCAGUUACAGCAUGCAACUGCGUCAAAGUGGAUAUGCAAGGAUCUCUAAGUCUAGGAAGAGAUGUUAUUGAGACGCUGUCUCGUUUCUUAGGACAAAAUUACUUAGCCAAAUACUCCAGAAGAUCCCUUACUCCAAUACGGGAAGAAGAUACAAUCACAGAUAUGGUAAAAUCGUCAUUAAUCUGCCGCGAAUUAAAGUUUUGUCGCGACGAUCUCAGAAAAUUUAUUGACGAAUACGUUGUGAUCCAAGCUAAGGCUGUACAAAAUAUCCUUGCCGCGUUACUCGGUGAUCAAUUCAUCAUUAGUGAAUAUGAAAAUCAGUUAAAACUAGAAUUAGAACAUAUAAGAAGAAUCCUAAAACACGCUGACAAAAGGGUAAGCGAUGAAAACCUAACCGAAGCUUGGAUAAACGCAGUUAAAAAGAUCUGUAGUAAAUUCCAAGAAAUAGGGACGAGUGUCGCAUCUGAAAUUUUGCAGGUUGACAAAAAGAAACUAAAUAAGCAGCUCAAUCAGAAGCUAAUUUUAGCCACAAUCAUUGUUGAAAUGAGGUACUUGAAUAAACUCUGUGUAGAUAAUAACAUUUGCGUUGAGAAUUAUGAAUGUACAGUGGGUUUAACUACCAUAUUGGAGCAUUUUAAAACAAUGAACGAGACGAAAGUUCGUCUAUUCAUAAGAUAUUUCUAUGAAGCACUGUAUGAUACUUUGUUUUAUACGUGUUUAGCUGAAAGUACAGCUCAUGAGUUCCAAGUUGUAUUAAAUGAUAUGACAUAUUCUGAUAAUGUUCCAACUAAAGAAGUGCUUUCUGCUAUUCAGACAAUCGUAGCUGCUAGACUGGAUUUUAUAAAAUCGAAUAAAGAUGAGAAAUUAUCCCACGACGCCCUACUUCUUCACGCGAUUCUGUCUGACAUGGACCAUUUUUACGGUCACAAAUCGAAUCCUUUUGGUGUGUUUCUGAAUUAUUUCUUCGAAUGGACGGUAAGGGAUGAAAUCUAUUUGAGUAAGCAUAUGAGGCAGGUUUUGAAUGAAAUUGGAAAGGAAUUAAUUACGGUAUCGGACGAUUUGUUGUUGAAACUUGUGAGCGAAGUCAGGGUGUUUUUGGAGAUAACAGUAGAUCCAGAGAAGUAAGUUGAAUAAAGAGUAUGUAAUUCGCCGUGUUUUCUAU